GGGAGCGACCGACCGGGCGGGGGCCAUGCAGGCGCGCUACUCCGUGUCCAGCCCCAACUCCCUGGGCGUGGUGCCUUACCUCGGCGGGGAGCAGAGCUAUUACCGGGCCGCCGCGGCCGCCGCCGGGGGCGGCUACACGGCCAUGCCGGCCCCCAUGAGCAUGUACUCGCACCCGGCGCACGAGCAGUACCCGGGCGGCAUGGCCCGCGCCUACGGGCCCUACACGCCGCAGCCGCAGCCCAAGGACAUGGUCAAGCCGCCCUACAGCUACAUCGCCCUCAUCACCAUGGCCAUCCAGAACGCGCCCGAGAAGAAGAUCACCCUGAACGGCAUCUACCAGUUCAUCAUGGACCGCUUCCCCUUCUACCGGGACAACAAGCAGGGCUGGCAGAACAGCAUCCGCCACAACCUGUCGCUCAACGAGUGCUUCGUCAAGGUGCCCCGCGACGACAAGAAGCCGGGCAAGGGCAGCUACUGGACGCUGGACCCGGACUCCUACAACAUGUUCGAGAACGGCAGCUUCCUCCGCCGCCGGCGGCGCUUCAAGAAGAAAGAUGCCGUCAAGGACAAGGAGGAGAAGGACCGGCUGCACCUCAAGGAGCCGCCGCAGCCGCCCCACCCCGCGCCGCCCCGACAGCAGCAGCAGCAGCAGCAGCACCAGCCGCAGCAGCAGCAGCCGGAGCCCCCCGACGGCGGCGUGGCGGGGGGUCCCGGGGCCCCGCCGCCUCCGCCGCCGCCGCCGCCGCCUCCGGUGCGCAUUCAGGAUAUUAAGACCGAGAACGGUACUUGCUCGUCGCCGCCCCAGGCGGGCUCCCCGGCCUCCGCGCUGGGCAGCGGCAGCCACGCCGCGGUGCCCAAGAUCGAGAGCCCGGACAGCAGCAGCAGCAGUAGCAGCAGCAGCAGCAGCAGCAGCAGCAGCCUGUCGAGCAGCGGCAGCCCCUCCCACAGGACCCUCAGCCUGGAGGGCUCCGACCACCCGCCGCUGCAGCACCCGCAGCACCCGCAGCACCCUCAGCACCCGCAGCACUCGCACCCGGGGCAGCCGCCGCCGCCGCCGCCGCCCCCGGGGCAGGGCUUCAGCGUGGACAACAUCAUGACCUCCCUGCGGGGCUCGCCGCAGGGCUCGGCGGGGGACCUGGGCCCGGGGCUCCUGGCGUCCCCCGCGGCCUCCCGGACCGGCCUGCCGGGCUCGCUGUCCCUGAGCGCCUACUCGCCCGGCCCCGGCUCCCUCUACGGCUCCCCGUGCAGCCAGAGCGCGGCGGGGGCGGCCGGCGGCGGGGGCGGCCCCAGCCCCGGCGGAGGCGGAGGCGGAGGCGGAGGCGGAGGAGGCGGCGGCCCCAACCCCAACGGCCCCGGGACCUAUCACUGCAACAUGCAAGCCAUGAGCCUGUACGCGGCGGGCGAGCGCGCCGGACACUUGGCGGGCGGGCCGGGGGCCGCGGGCGGCGCCGGGGUGGACGAGCCCCUGCCCGACUACUCCCUGCCGGCGGCGGGCGGCGGCGGCGGGCCGGGCGGGCCGGGGGGCCCGGGGGGUCCGGGGGGCCCGGGCGGGCCGGGCGGCGGGUCCUCCUCGGGCCUGGGCCACGCCGGCCAGGACGCGGCCCACCACCCCGCCGCCCACCAGGGCCGCCUGGCCUCUUGGUACUUGAACCAGGCGGCCGGAGACCUGGGCCACUUGGCCAGCGCGGCGGCGGCGGCGGCGGCGGCGGCGGCGGCGGCGGCGGCCGGGGGAGGCUACCCCGCCCAGCAGCAGAACUUCCACUCGGUGCGGGAGAUGUUCGAGGCGCAGCGGCUCGGCCUCAACAACUCCCCCGUCAACGGGAAUAGCAGCUGUCAGAUGGCCUUUCCUUCCAGCCAGUCGCUCUACCGCACCUCAGGGGCCUUCGUCUAUGACUGCAGCAAGUUUUGACCCCAGCGGCUCCCUUGCCCCCCGCCACCCUCCAGCCCGGGACCACCCUCCCCGCCCCGCAACCCUCAGAAAACCAAAAUCCGACCAGCCAAACAAACAAACAAAAACAACCGAAACCAAACUGACCGCCCCCAUCGAAAACUCUCUCCUAAACAGGCCACCAGAUGUUUUUCUAAAAAAAAAAAAAAAAAAAAUCAGCUCAGAGAAAACUCUUAGUUUCUUAAAAGUCGCCUUCGAAUCCAACUCCACCUUGCUCUUUCUAGAUAAGCCAAAUGGUAAGCUCUUUUGUACAGAGACAGCAGAGGCAUGGUUUGUGAAAGGACAUUGUUACUCCAGAGAACACGUAAGUUUCUUCUGGCUUUUCCGAGAACAUCUUUGUGCCUCUCCUCUUCCAUCCGUGUCCUCUCCCUCCUUUCCCUUCCUUCCUCCAUGAGACAUUAUUUUAUCCUAUGUUUAAAGGAGAAAAAAGCCCCAUAUAUUGCAGUUGCUUUUUUUGUCAUGGACUUGUUAUAAAAUGUAAAUUGAAACAUAGUAAUUUAUUUUUAAUUUGUAGUUGGAUGUUGUGGACCAAACGCCAGAAAGUGUUUCCAAAACCUGACGUUAAAUUGUCUGAAACUUUGAAUUGUUAUUUUUUUCCUUAUAAAAAGGGAAACUGUAUUAAUCUUAUUCUAUCGAUCAUUUUUUUCUUCUUUUGUUGAACAUAUUCUGAAGGUAUUGCCUUGUUUAUUAAUAAAUUACCCUUCAAUUCGAAUGA